AUGGGCUUCUUCAACCGCAAGAAGGCCAGGAAUACCGCCCCCGACCCGGUACCGGUGCCGAUGCCGGUCAAGCCGGCGUCCUGCGUGAAGGCCCGGGCUCAGUAUCACGCUUCACCGCCGCAAGUUUCUCAAUAUGUCACGUCAACAACUCAGACGCCGACGUACUGGCAUCCUCAGCCGCAGCAACCGGGGCUAUACCAGCACCCGCCUCCUCCGUAUUACCACCCGCCGCCGCCGCCGCCGCAGCAGCAGCAACUCCAGGUCCAACAACAUCGCCCCCAGGGAUGGUCUCAGUAUCCCCAGCACGGGCAGUACGCCGCGCCCGUCGUCGUGAACCAGCACUACUACAACCUCCCUGCGCCGACGUCGACGGCGCUGGUGCCGUUCCUUCCUCCUCCCGCCGCCGUCGCCGCCGCCGCCUCCACCGUCAACACGAACCCCUACUCCUCGUCCCGCAACGCCGCGACGUGUCCCUCGGGCCUUGACCGGUUCGCCGGGUCGAUGGUGACGCUCGCCCGGGACUUUGCGUCGCCGCGAUUCCUCGAGGAGCCCAACUUUCACCCGCACGCGACGCAGCUCAUCAACUCGACCGCCGCCUGCGUCGACCAGAUCGCCGGCUGCUUCAACGACGUCGUCACGCUGAUCGACCGGGAGAGGCUGGUCGGGAACGAGAGGGCUCUGUUCUCGUACCAGAGCGGCGGCGAGAACACGGCGUCGCAUACUCCGCCGUCGGGGCCCGGGGGUGGUAAUGGGCGGAGGGGCGCCAGGGAAAGGGAAAGGAACAGGAAAGCGAGUGGAGGCGGAGCGAGGAAGAAGGGCAGCAGUAACGGGGACAAGGGAAACUCGUUGUCGUCGUCAUCGUCAAAGGUGCAGACGACGGCCGUCACCGCGUCGGUGGUGUCUGGGAACUACUUUGCAAAAGUCGAGCUGUACGCCAACUCGAGACUGCCCCUGAAUCUCCCACCGCUGAGACUAUACAUGCCGACCUGGCCGCUCCUCUGCCUCGCGGCGCAGUACGCAGAACGCGUGUACGAGCAGCCCAGGGGCGCGGAGCGCGACGCCCACGUCUCGGCCGACUGGAAGACGGGCACCAAGGCCAUGGUCAUCAAGUCGGUGCCCAUGGACCACAUGGACACCAUCGUCUUCGCCAUCCGCGGCUCCGCCACCUUCAUGGACUGGGCCGUCAACCUCAACGCGGCGCCCGCCUCGCCCGCGGGCUUCCUCGACGACGAGGGCAACUCGUGCCACGCCGGCUUCCUCGCCGUCGCGCGCAAGAUGGGCGAGCGGGAUGUCGCUGAGGCCGAGGGAGAACAGGGUGAAGGACCAGUCGUCGACGACCGGGAGGGUCCGGGACGACACGCAGGGGAAGCCGAUCUGGCGCCUGCCGCCGAGCACGCUCAGCUCCCCGGGCCGGAUCGUCGUGCUGCGCAGCGGGGACCCGCGGGCGAGGCUCAAGGACCGGAAGACGGUGAACGAGCGGCUGGACGAGGGGGUUGUCGCGCAGACGGUCUCGGAUGA